AUGUCGACUUCCCAGUACUUCAGGACAUACUGUAGGCGGACACAGAAACCAAAUGAAGCAGAAGUAACAGGCAACGCUCAGGCAAGACGAGAGAGAGAGAAGGAAUGGAAGACCGGGAACAUACCAAACCCAGACAUUGUGUUGAAGGCUAUGUACACCCAGAAAACGGGGGCUACUGCCGACCCCACAGUCCCACAGAACAUGAUGAAGGUGGCCGUCCACAUGCUUUUCCGUCGACC